UUUGGUACAGGCCACUCAACUGCUUCAGGGUCGCCCUGUAUACGAUUCUCCCUCCUUUGAAGUGCCUCAUCUGUCGUUGACCUCACGUGGGUUCGACUCUAUUUAGAGCCCACCGCUGCACCGGGAGUGAAGAUGCAGUUCAUAUCGGAGAAGGAGGUGGAUGAGAUAAAGGCGAAGAAGCAGAAGGAAUGGGAGCAAGUCAGACGGUCUGAUCAGCCACUAGAGCGGCCGGAGGAGGCCAUUGACAACAGAACUCUGUAUGAGAAGCUCAAGGCACAGAAAAACCAGAAACAGGAGGAGUUUGAAGAGCAGUUCAAGUUCAAGAACAUGAUAUACAAAGGUCUGAAUGACGAAGAGGCAGUCUUCCUCCAGCAACUGGCAGACAAACGGGCGCAGGUCGAGGCUGAGACGAGAAGCGAGGAGAGAGAGGAGCUGCAGGCAUACCGGGAUGCAGUAGAGAAGCUAAGUGACGAAUCGGACUCGAUAAAACCACUGUCUUCAACUGCCACACCUUCUGCCAGCACCUCAUCCUCCUCCUCUUCCUCUCUCACCUCCUCAGUUCCAAAUAAAGUACCCAAGUCACAGCUAGCACUCAUUGCAGGCUCCAUCAAGACCAAGAGAAAGAGGAGCUCUACAGAGGAUUCUGAAGUGGCCACUUCUCCCGAGAAGAAAGCAAAACUUGAAAAAUCUGAGCCUCAAACCAACCAUCGUACGUCCCUCUCAUUAUAGCCCCAUUCUAUAUGUUUUCUUUUGAGAAUGGCCUGGGGAACGAGGCUGAUGUGUAAGACGAUAUGUAGCAGUUAGCUGUACUCCCUCCUUCACUUGCAGCUGUCACAUCUGCUAGUUUGUUGUCCACAGCCCCAGCCUCCUCUGCCAGCUCGGCUCUGACUGGGAUCUCUGCUUACUCCAGUGACUCUGAUGAAGAUUCCUCUGCCGGAUAAUAACUUACAGUACUGAUAGUUUGGCGAGCAGCUGCUAACCUAGUGGUCCGAACAGUGCAUUCUUCUUCGUGCGUCAUCAAACUUUUCCACCAUUCUCUAUCUGCUAUGAAAACGGGGUGAAUAAUCCCAGGUCA